GAAAAAUGUUCGAAGAAAAGUUGGCUGAGGAUGAAGUUAUGGCGAAGGCAUGCCCAAGUCCCGAAAUCGGCGAUUCUAGAAAAAGACCACUUGAUUCCGAUCCGGAAAAUGAACAAAGCAAACGCUCACAUUUUAGUUCUGAAACAUUCCCACAUAGUUUGUUUUUCGUUCGAUCGUUUUACAUAAAAAUAUAAAAAAAAAAAAAAAAUCAAUCAAAAUCGUGUUGUCAGUUUGGACAUUGAACAAAAGUUAAAAAAAAACCGGGAUACCUGUGAUUUCGUCACGCAUAAAUGAACUAAGAAAACUCAUAAAAAAAGGACUCAAAAAGUUUGAGAAAACCAAAAAAAAAAAUAAAUUUCAAACAAAUGUACAAUUGCCACGAAACACAAACAACAAAUAAUUUAUUACUUAAAAAACAACAAGAACAACAACAAAAACAGUUUCAUUACAACAACAAUAACAUCGAAUCCAUUGCAACUACGGAACUGCAUCGAAAUUUAUUAUUAUCAUCACCACCAACUACACCACCACCACCACUAUUAUUAUUACCACUACCAACACAAUCAUCAUUUAGUGCAACAACAAUAACUAAAGAAUUAAAUAAUAUCCUUGUGGAGGAUAAUAAUGAUAACAAUGACAAUAAUUUGGAUCUCAAUUUUGAAUUAAUAAAUUUGAAGAAUAAUUGCAACAAUUUGUAUUUACCAUCAUCGACUUUGACAUCAUUGAAAACAUCGAAUCAUUAUCAUAAUAAAGAUAUAUCAACAAUAAAUGAUGAUGAAGAUAUUGUAUCACAAUUAAAAUAUAGUAAUAAUAAUAAUCACCGAAGGAAUAUUAAUAGCGAUGCAAUAGCAACAAGCAAUAUUAUAAAGCAACAACAAUUGUCAAAUUCAUCGUUAUCGAUUAAUAAUAAUUAUAAUAAUAUAAUAAUAAAUAAUAAUAAUUAUAAUAAUUCUUCUUCAAAUCGUUCAUUGCAUUCCGUGAGUUGUGCAUCAUCAUCCGCCACCACCAUAACAACAGAUACACACCAAAAAAACUAUCAACAAUCAUUCAAUAUCACAACCAAUUCCACUCUUCCUAAUCCCACAACCAAUAUCACAAACACUACCACAAACAACAACAACAACAACAACACUGCUGCUGCUGCUGUUGCUGUCGCAAAAUUUGUUGAAAACUUUGUUGAUAAUAAUAAUGUCAAUAACUGUAAAAGUUUUGAUUUAAAUUAUAGAAAUAAGACUAAUAAUAAUAAUUCAGUCACACCAUUAAUUAAUUAUAGCUACAAUAAUUGCAUUAAUAAUUAUUAUUAUAAUAAUCAACCACAAUUAUUAUUACCACAACCACAACCACCACAAAUUAUACCACCAAAACCACUUUUACCACAACCACAAUCAUCAAUAGUAUCGUCGUCGUUACAAAAUUUACCAUCGCAAUCGUCCAUUUACAAUUUAUACGGCAGCCAAAUUAAUAAUAAUAGUUUUAACUUCAAUCGUCAUAGCACAACGUCGUCGUCAUCAUUGUCGUCUUCGCCACCGUCGUCGUCGGCAACAUCAACGUUUGCAACACUCCUCGCAACAUCAUCGCCAUCGCCAAAUCAACAAAAACAACAAACGACUGAAGAGGAGAAGCACGAAAGAAUACAAAAACAACAACAAAAGGACUCAAUCAACAUUAUCAACAAUAACAACAUCUACAAAAACGACAUUACCGACACUAUCGAUAACAUCGCCACCAUCAUCAACCAACCGACGAUUAAAGAGAACAAUUUCCUGGAAACCAAUCAACAUUUCAUUGAUCAACAAUUAUUGUUUCGUGAUAUUUACAAGAUGAGCGAACAACAUUCAGCAAUGCAACAUCAAAUGAGAUCAUCAUUUGCCUUAGGUUCCGGUGUCGGUGUGGUAGAGUCAUCUGUUGUCGGUGGCGGCGGUGGUUUGUUGCUAAAUCAAAAUCAUGCAAUGGACUUGUAUACCCAACAACAGCAACAUUUACAACAACAACAUCAUCAUCAUCAUCAACAACAGCAACAAUUUCAACAACAUCGUCAAUCACCGUCGUCGCCAUCUUCGCCGUCUUCCAUAACGCAACAGCAACAAUUAAGACAUUCCAUGUCAUCAUCGCCGUCGCCAAUACCGUCGCCAACUUCGUCAUCGAUUUCGCAGCAGCAAAGUCAACUACAACAACAACACCAACAACAACAACAACAUCAUCAUUUGAACCAUAUGCAUCAACAACAUCAGCAGCAGCAACAACAUUCGCAGCAACAACAACAACAACAGCAGCAAAAUUCCACAACAAUGACGCAAUCAAGUACGUCACCAUUUAAGUCCUGUUGGUGUUUUGGUGAGUCAGAUUGUUCUGGAAUUGAGGUUGAAAUUGAAAAUAAUAACAAUAAUUUGCAUCAUGGCGAUUCAACGUAUCACAUGAAGAUCUUAGUGCCUGCUGUGGCUUCGGGGGCCAUUAUUGGUAAGGGAGGCGAUACAAUUGCCUCCCUGCAAAAGGACUCUGGAGCUCGUGUGAAAAUGUCGAAAUCUCAUGAUUUCUAUCCAGGAACCGCUGAGCGUGUUUGCCUGAUAACCGGCUCCGUAGAGGGUAUUAUGAAUGUUAUCGACUUUAUCAUGGAUAAAAUCCGUGAAAAGCCCGAUUUAAAUACCAAAAUUGUAGACAUCGAUGCUAAACAAGCUCAAGAACGUGAUAAACAAGUUAAGAUUUUAGUUCCAAAUUCAACUGCCGGUAUGAUUAUUGGCAAAGGUGGUGCUUAUAUUAAACAAGUUAAAGAAGAAAGUGGAUCAUAUGUGCAAAUAUCGCAAAAACCCAAAGACAUCUCAUUACAAGAACGUUGCAUCACAAUUAUCGGUGAUAAAGAGAAUAACAAAAAUGCCUGCAAAAUGAUUUUAUCAAAAAUUGUCGAAGACCCACAAUCGGGUACGUGCCUGAAUGUAUCAUAUGCUGAUGUCAAUGGUCCAGUUGCAAAUUUCAAUCCAACUGGAUCACCAUAUGCAUCAAAUCAGAAUGCUAUAAAUGCCAGUACGGCAUCGUUGAAUUCAACAUUGGGUCAGGCAAUUGGUGGUGCUGGCACCGCGGCUGGGCUAUUAGUUAAUGGUACGGGUAUUAAUUUAUCAUUGAAUCUUGGUGCACCAAAUCCUUCGCCUAAUUUGGCUGUGGCUACACAACUUUUAGAACAUAUUAAGAACACUGGACAGUAUCCUGGGGAUCUUAAGAUGCUAUAUGAAAUGUACGACAUAUACGACAGAUGUAUACCUGAGGCCUUUAAGCCCACUGCUGUUGCAAUGAGAGGUUCAGGUUACUCCGAACAAGCGACUACAGAAGUCUGUGCAGCAUUGGGUGUCCUCGCUAAAUAUGGUGUCCUUGGAAUGGGCGUUGGCGUACCACAUACCAAUGGAGCACACACAGGUUCUGUUGGCUACUUGGGUGUAUCGGCUUUGGAGCAAUCGGCGGCUGCAGCAACAGCAGCGGCAGCUGGUAAUGUUUUCGGUGCUGUUGGGCAAGUUAAUUUAGAACAGUACACAGCAGCUGCGGCAGCUGCUGCUGCUGCCGCCCGUCCCACACAAUUGGAAGCUGCAGCUGCGGCCGCAGCAGCCCAAUUUGACCCUCUGCGACAUUUUGGAUCACAGGCAGCUGCACCAAUUUCAAUGAAUAAUAAUAGCUUUGGCCUAGCUGCGGCAACUGGCGGUGCUACAGCCGGUGGACAAACACUUGGUGCAACACAAAUGGGUGGAUUAAGUAAGAGUCCAACACCUGGCGAUCUGGGGCCAAAGGAUACCAAAAAUGUUGAAGUUUCAGAAAAUAUUGUUGGCGCUAUUUUAGGUCCAAAUGGUCGUAGUUUAGUUGAAAUUCAACACGUAUCUGGCGCUAAUGUACAAAUAUCUAAAAAAGGCAUAUUCGCUCCUGGCACUAGAAAUCGAAUUGUUACAAUAACUGGUCAACCGAAUGCCAUCGCAAAGGCACAAUUUUUAAUUGAACAGAAAAUCAACGAGGAGGAGAGCAAGAGGGCGCGCCAAAUUCCAUUAACCACUGUUGUGAAUUAGAGAGAUAUAAAAAUAUAAAAAAAAAAAAAAUUAAAAUAAUUUAUACAAAUCCCGUGUGUAUGAUGGCUAUUUAUAUAUAAAUAUAAAAAAAUAAAUUAUUAUAGUAACAGAAAAAAAAAAAAAAAUAGAAACAAAACUCUCUCACACACAAACAAACACACACAUGAUACAUACACAACAACACACUCUUCUUUAUAUUUUUAAUUGUUAAUAAUAAUUUUAAUCGUAAAGAAACAAAAAACAAAAAAAAAUUACCAUCUACACAGAGAAAAAAAAAUAUUCAAACGCAGUUUAAAAAAAAAAAAAAAAAAAUGUUCUAAUUCAAGAGAAAAAAAAGAAGAUACAAAAAAUAGUAAAAUUCGUCUAUAUUUUUAUGCACAUAGUUCAAUUUUUCAAUUUAAAAAAAAAAAUUAUUUAUAAAAUUAAAAAAAAUAAAUAUUGAUUUUGUGGCAAGGAAAAAAAAAUUAGUAAAAAAAAACAUUAAAAAUGUUUUUUUAUACACAAAGUCCACAAAUUCAAUUUACAAAAAAAAAUUAACAGCAACUAGAAAUAUUGCUAAAUUAGACAAAAAAAAAAAAAAAAUUAAAAAAAAAACAUUUCCAAUAAGUUGUGAAUCGAAAUAAUUGUAUAACUCUUAGGUUUUUUGUUUUUUUUCGACAGGAAAAAUAAAUAAUUGUCUUUAUGAUCAACUUCUUCUACUCUACUAUAUAACUAAUUAUCUGUACUUUUUUCUUAUUCGAAAAAAAGGGAAAAACAAAAAAAAAAAAAAAAAAAAAGCAAACAAAAAUGUGAAUUUUUUUUGGAAAUGAGCGUUUUCAGUGAUAUCCUCAGAAGGAUGUUGUAGUCCUUUUUGUGUGUCUUUU